UGCCAGAGAACAGAGCUGGAUUGAAGACAGCAGUUGCUAUGGCAACACAAACACUAAAUACAGAAGGGCCCACUACACUAUCUGAAGACUGGCUGCCUCAGACAACCGAACAUCCAGCACUGCCAGACUGCAAUGCAGAACAUUCUGCAAUCUGCAGCUCCACAGAACCCUGGGUUCCCACUCCUAACACCAACAAUAACAAUGAAAACACAACUACUUUUCCAAACAACCAAUCACAGAGUCCCCUCCUGAUACCAGCCCUGCCCAUGUUUGUGCCACUCUACUCUGACUGGAACAGCGCCAUGGCAGCAUGGGGCUUGGCGUGGGAGGCCCAUGUGUAUGGACUGGGCGUCAUGUUUUCUCUGGUCGCCCUGGCCUCUGCCCUCAACCUCCUCUGCCUUCCACUGCGCUGCCCAUCAGGCUGUGGCUACUUUGCUUUGGUCAGCCUUUUCCUGCUAGCUGCUGGCUGCACACGGGCCUUUGCUCUGCUCUACGACGCCUAUGGCCAUCAGGACAGGAUGACCUCUGCUGAGACAUCUUUGCUGCUCUAUGAGGCCCCGUUCCCCUGUCUGACCGCUGCGUUUGGCCUGGUAUUUCUUCUCCUCUCUAUGCGUUCCCGCAUGCAGCUCUCUUACUCGGCUUUCCAAAGACCCUGUUUCCUGGCGUGUUUGGUGUUCUUGCAUUUUGCUGCUGCCUUUGGUCCAGUAACAUUGCUGCGGGUCGACCAACGAGGUGCUCCAUUCUGCCUCCUACUCUCCCUGGUCUCCAGAGGUGCCUUUGUGGUGCUUGCUUCUUUCCUAUCUUCUGCCUACUUUGUGUUCUUCUGCUAUGUGCGUGCCGACUCAAAGCACAUCUACCACCUGAACAACACCUCACCAACGCCUGCUGAACGUUAUAAUCGUUGCCCAUUUGCUGAGAGUCGAGACUGGGAUCGUGCUGCUGCGGCAGUGUUCAUUUCAGCCCUGUUCUCUCUGGCAUGUGCUGGUCUACAGCUCUAUGCUAUGUUACAUGCACUGGGCCUGGCUGGGGGAGUUGAGGUCUUCCAGCCUUGGCCUUGGUGGGCUUUCCAGCUGAGCUGCCGUAUAUGUGAGGUAGGAGUUUGUUUCACCCUCGCCCUGGUGGUGGCGCAACCCGUUUACUGCUCAGACCAUCUCCCCCAGCCAGGCAGCUGCUGGACAGAGUUGCUGGCCUCUAAGUCACCCAUCUUGCCAGGGACCUACCAGUGGUCUCUGACUCAGCAAGAAAAGCUGGCCAUCUGCGAUCCUAUUGGGCACAGUGAGACAGAGUGUCUGCCCCUCUACACACUGGUGGAUGAACGGCUAGGAGGCAGCCUGAAUGGACUAGACCUUCUCUAUCAUAGUAAUCGGGCCCUGGCUUACCGCGAUCUUGACUUAGAUCUACCUGAUGCUGUACCCGACACCAGUGCUCCAUCUCUGGGUUCAUCUUGCACCAGUGACUCCACAGCAGACCUUCGGCCUCCAUCACCAAUCAACUUACGGCGAAGCAUCGAUGAAGCACUCUUCAGUGAGGCACUUUUUCCCAUGAGCCUUUUCAGCCCUCUAAGGCCUUUCACUUGCAGUGACCGUUCCCUGGAUGUAAGGGACACACCCACCAGUGGUACCCAAACCCUCAGGGAGACCCUGCCAUCAGACCCAGGCCUCUACCGCACUUCCUCUUGUGUGGAGGUGCUACCACAGGCCCCUCUCCCCUCUAAUACCCAGCAGGAUGCUCCUGAAAUGGUUUUUCCUCCAUCCCCAGCCUCAUCCAUGUCCUCUUCAUCUUCUUGCUCAUCUACAGAACGCUGGCGAGGGAGUUCCAGCUCCUGCUCUCUGUACAGGGCAUCUAUGGGAGGCUCCUCUCUGGUGUUGUGCUCCAGCCCAGAGGGUCACCGCCCUCAUCCCUCAUCUGUCAACGGCUGCACUACGCCCUCAAAUCAUCAGGGAGCCACCAGCCUCCAGAGGCACUACAGGACGUUACAUUCAAAUUCCAACGACAGUUUAGUGCAACACUCUGAGAUGGACCAGUCUGUCCAGGAAGAGUUCAUCAGUGUCUGCAGACAAAUAGACGCACUAAGUGUCUGCAGUGAGACUAUUGACCUGUAA